GCAGAAAAACAAUCAAUGAGCUGCUGCUGCGGAGACGAUUGCGAAUGCAGGCCGCUAGGGUUUCUCCUCGGCCUGCCCUUCGCCUUCGUCGCUCUCAUCCUCUCCGUCAUUGGCGUCGUCAUCUGGAUAGUCGGGUUGGCGUUGACUUGCAUAUGUCCGUGCUGCUUGUGCGUGACGAUCAUUGUUGAGUUUGCUCUGGCGUUGAUCAAGCUUCCCUUUUCGAUCAUGAAGUGGUUCACAUCGAAGAUUCCUUGUUAAUUACUAUUUGUUUCGUAGCGUGUAAUUUGAUAGUGUUUUGUUCAGUUUGUUCCGACCACUGUUUAGUUCGAUCUUUCCACUUUGUGUUGAUUUUUUGUUGAAGAUUUGUUCAAACAAUGUAAAAGAAAGCCUUAGAAAUUCAACGAAUUUAUUAGGUUUAAUUAAAUUUAAGAAAUUUGUGUUUGCAAUUAGAAAUUUUCAUUAACUAUUA